UACGCUAAAUACUUAUUACCUACAUACCUACAUAUGUAACAAGCACAAUUUGGUAAUUACAUAUGUAUUUGCCACUAUCACACCAAAGUAAAGCAACCGACGUAUCAGGUGUAUGUAUUUUGCAUAGAAAAAAUGCACGGGAUAAAUAUUUCCUUACAGAGCUAUGCAGUGUAAGAACAAAAUAAUAGACAGUCUUGUAUCAAUAUCCUAAUUUUUAGUAUGUAUAUGUCUCAGAUUUAAAUAAAUAGAUAACAAUAGCUUUGAUAAAAUGGGAUCAAGGUUACGAGCUCCAGCAGAAUUUCAAACGAAGCAAGAAAUCCUAAUUAAUUCGCAUUACUACGACGUUACAAAUUGGAUACCUCGUCACCCAGGGGGCAAAAUUAUCAAAUUCUACACGAAAGAAGGUGAAGAUGCAUCAGCAGCAUUUGAUCAAUUUCAUGGGAGAUGCAUCACAAAGGUGACAAAGUUCUUGAAGCAGUUACCAAAACGAGACGCAGCCAUGGAAAAUCCUACACAAUUUUCCCCUGAGAACCAAUCUCGCGAAGGAAACGAGGUCCUCCUUAACCAGGAAUUAUCCCUUCUUAAAUCCACUUUUGAAGCAGAAGGUCUCUUCACUCCGUCCUACUUCCGGGUGUUCCUCCGCUUUAUGGAAUGCUUAUUUCUUAUAAUUUACGGAAUCUACUUGACCCAUUGCACCUCCCAAUUCGUAAAAUGGAUCGGACUAUUCACCACCUCGUUUGGCAUAGGGCGGUGCGGGUGGUUCGGGCAUGAAGCUGGACAUCGGUCACUAACCGGAAAUAUCAAAAUAGAUAAAUUUCUCCACCAACUCACAUUCGCGAUGAGUAUCGGAUUAUCGCCAUCCUGGUGGAACAGUCAGCAUAACAGACACCACGCGAUGCCGCAACGUCUCAAACACGACGUCGACUUGGAAACCCUUCCACUAAUCGCGUUUAACAAGAAAGUAAUCAAAGAUUCUAAACUGGGUGGAAUUUUUAAGAAUAAUUUCUUUAUUCGGAACCAAGCGAAAUUGUUUCUCACAGUGGAUACCUUUCUGGUCGUGUUUUAUUGGAGAUUUUUUCUACAUCCUCGCUAUGUUAUCAAGAAGCGUGCUUAUGCCGACGCGGUCUUCAUGUCGUUGCACCAUCUCAUCCUGACCUCAUUUCUUGAUCCGGUAAAUAUUUUCAUCAUCCACUUUCUGACCGCUAUCUACCUUUUGGGGACCUUCACGCUGAACCACACCCACCUCGAAGUCACCGAGGAGGAGAAAAGUUGGGUGGAGUACGGCUUAGAGCACACCGUGGAUAUCACCUCCACCCCGUUAACAGAUUGGUGGAUGGGUUAUCUCAACUUCCAGAUCGAACAUCAUCUUUUUCCGCAGAUGCCGCAGUAUAAUAAUCACCUCAUCAGAGACAGAGUGGCCGCACUGGCGAAGAAAUAUGACCUUCCUUAUCAGACGCUUGGAUUUUGGGAAGCGUGGGGUAAAGUUUUCAGAAAUUUGGAAGAGGUCGGAAAUCACGUAGCGAGUGGGGGCGGCUCACUAGGUAUAUUUUAGAAUGGAUAAUUUUGUAUGCAAAAUGCGUUAUGCAAAGUGACACCAGACCGAUAGUUUAGGGUAUCUAACUUGUAUUUUUUGCGAAUUAAAUAAAUUAGGUAAUAUUUAUUACUGCAAACUGAUGUUCAAAUUUCCCCAGAAUUUUUCCAUGAGCGAAGGAGUAGGUAGGUUUGCAUGAUUGUAAAUUUGCAACGCUGACAAACAAAUUUUGAAAAUAAAUAAUCAAAUCUUUCCAAACGAAA